AUGCGUCCCCAUCAGAUUUUCACUCCAGUUCCUUCAUCUUCAUCUUCUCAAGACUGUUUAGAGAAUGAAACUGGAGCAAAGGGCAUGGGAGAGUUGGAUCUGACACAACAACUUCUACGUGAUAUUCCUUUGAGGUAUCGUAUACCUCGAGCUGGAAUCUAUUCUCCCCUGAAUGUAACCCGAAUCGAUAUCAGUCAUAAUGAUCUCAUUCAUAUCGAAGGAAUCGCAGCUUUCCAAAACCUCGUGACUUUUGAUGCCUCUCAUAACAGUUUGACUGUAUUUCCUGAUGAUAUAUGUUCUUUACGCCAUUUGAAAACCUUAGUUGCUCGUAACAACUUAUUAGAAGAAUUACCAAAAACAAUGGCUCAUAUGCCUGCAAUAGAAGCCAUUUACCUUUCUGGAAACCGACUAGAAGCUGUACCAAGUGUGUGUUUCACACUACCUUCAUUACGUAUUCUUCACCUCGGUGGAAACAGUAUUGAAUUCUUGCCUACAAACAUGGGACUAUUGUCAAACCUAGAAAUUCUCUAUCUGGGUGGAAACCAAUUGAAGGAUAUCCCAGCUUCAAUUGGAAGAUUGACAAAACUUACAGCUUUAGCACUCAGUGACAAUCUAUUGGAAACAAUCCCAUCAACACUAGGAGAUCUUGAACGCUUGGAAUCACUAGCUAUUCACAAUAAUAACAUUAAAACUUUACCAACGGAAAUUAUUAAUCUUCAAAAUCUUCAACAACUGAGCUUGCGUAACAACCCAUUAGUUCACAAUUUUGUUCAUAAUAUGGCCCUUGAUCCUCCUUCGUUAAAAGAAAUCUCUGGACGUUACGUCAGAAUGGAAAUGAAGAAUCUACCUCUAAGCAGCAUCCUCCCGAGAGAGCUGCUGACCUAUUUGCAUUCCGCAAAUCAAUGCGUUAAUCCCAAAUGUCAAGGAGUGUACUUUGAAGCAUGCGUUGAGCACGUGAAGUUUGUUGAUUUCUGUGGAAAAUACCGAGUUCCCCUUCUGCAGUUUUUAUGUUCUCCUAAGUGUUCAUGGGACAGUGACAAUAACAGCAGCUCUGAAUCAUCAUCAUCAGAUUCAGAAGAUGAAUCUGCGCCGUCUUCUAAAAUGAAGAUGAGAAAAGUUUUGUUAGGAUAA